CUGUCGGUGGCGGCGCCGCGGGCACGUGGAGCGCGGAGGACAGCGUGCGAGGAGAGCGACGAGCGUAGAUCUUUGAACCGGGCCGGGACAGUGAGAUUGGCUUUGGGGGACAGUGCAUUGAGGUGUUAGGUAUGUGAUGGCUAAGGCGGAACAUUGGCUGGACGUGAUGUGUGACUGAUGAGGUGCGAGGGUCGAGGACAGACAUAGUGACUGUCGCUAAACGUGGAGACCAAGACGGACACCGAACCAAGUCAACUAGCCCCAGCCGGAGCUCCGGAGUCGACAUGACAAGACGGAAACAGGCGCAGCCGCGCGCCUUCAAGCCGGAGGAGGACACGGCGUCACCGUCUGCCGACGUGGCCCGCACUCCGGAUGGGGACCGCCCGGAGUCCGGACUGGACCUGCCCGCACUCCCGGAGACCGGUGUGAACGCAGUCAGCUGCCGGUGGUGCUGUCAGCAGCUGGUGUCUGCCGACGAGGUCUCCCAACAUCUGACCUCAGAAUGUCCCGGGCCAGGCUCAGACGCGGACCUGUCGACGGACUCCCAGUCCAUCAGCAGCGAGGUGUCGCUGACCUCGGGCUCUCCGGGCUCCUCCGCCGAGCUCGACUCACUCGUCACCAUCGGCGCCACCGAGGCCACGCCCUACAAAUGCUGCUUCUGCGAGCAGGCCUAUCCGAGACAGACGCUCAUGAAGCUGCACGAACAGACUCACACCGAUCAGUUGCCGUUCGAGUGCGAGUACUGCGGUCACCGGUUCAAACACAAGCGCAGCAAGGACCGGCACGUCAAACUGCACACGGGCGAGAAGAAGUUCAAGUGCAAGUACUGUCCGUCCGCCUACUGCCGCAGUGACCACCUCAAGAUCCACAUGCGCACACACGACAGCCAGAAGCCGUACCAGUGUUCGGUGUGUAACCGCGGCUACAGGACGGCGGCGGCACUCACAUCGCACCUACAGAAACACAAGGACCGCGAGGCAGCGGCGGCGGCGGCGGCGGCGGCGGGGGACCGGCAGCCGCAGCCGUACCGCUGUCUGAAGUGUGCCGCCACCUACCCCAGCGGCGAGGCGCUGCAGGAGCACGUGCAGGCGGCGCACGGCGGCACGCCGCGGCCGCCCAAGACCAGCUCUGCCGGCAGUCCGGGCGGCGAGUCGGCCGCUGGGGCGGGGGCGGGGGCGGCGCCGCCCCUGCCGCCGCCGCCGCCACCCGGAUGGGACGAGUGGUCCUGUCCGUACUGUGACCGGCCGAGCCGCUUCAGUAACGUGGAGGCGCUCUCCUAUCACAUACAGACCCUGCACAUGCCGCUGAUGAUGCCGUCGGUGGAGAGCCCGCUGCUCGGCUACGGCCUGCCGCUGGUGCCUCUCAAGGCGCCCCUCUCCCCCAUCCACCUGGUCUCGCCGCCGGCCGGUGACGGACGCACCUCCGUCAAACCGUUCACCUGUAUGCUGUGUUCUGCGGCCGUGCCGGACGCGGCGGCGCUCAUCAAACACAUCCAGACGGCGCACGCGGCCGGCGCCUCCCCCGCCCCGGCUCCGGCCCCUCCGGUGCCCGCGGCCCACUCCGAGUCGAAGCGCUCCCCGGCGCCGGCGGAGCAGCCCACCGACCUCAGCCGGCGCGCCAAGAGGGCGCGCAGUAACGGCGAGCCGGCCAGCGCGGGCCCGGCGGCGGCCGGCGGCGCCGAGUCGCCCGUCAUCUGCAGCCUCUGCGGCCAGCCAUUCACAGAGUUCGAGGCGUACCGCGUCCACUUCCAGACGACGCACCUGGACGGCGCGGCGGCGGCGCCGCUGGCCUGCGACCAGUGUGGCCAGCAGUUCAGCGCCGCCGCCCAGCUCGAGACCCACCUGGCCUCCCACCUGCAGGUGACCGCCGUCCGGUACGCCUGCCAGCGAUGCCAGCGCUCCUACCGGACGGCAGAUGAACUACAGAAACACCUCACCGACCGGCACGCCCAGACGCUGUUUAAGUGCACCAUCUGUCACGCCACGUUCGACUCACGGGUGGACGUGCAGGUGCAUUUUGCCGUGAGUCACAGCGAUGAGCUGCGCGUGCACUCGUGCUCAGCGUGCGGGGAGGAGUUCUCGGACGAGCCGGCCUUCAUGCGCCACCUAAGGGCGGUUCACAUGAGCGCCGCCAAGUCGUUCCCGUGUCUGCUCUGCGGCCAGCACUUUGAUCAGCUGUCGGCGUACAAACAGCACGUGCAGAAACACCAGCGCAACUUUCAGUGUAAGAUCUGCGGCGAGGCGUUCUACGUGGAGUUUCAGCUGGACCGGCACGUGCAGACGGCACACGCCAGGGAGCUCAAGGUGGCCAACGGCGAGCCCCGACCACCGCCGAAGAAGCAGCGCGGCGGGGAGGCGCUCCCCGCCCCUCCGCCGCCGCUGCAGUUCGCCCUCCCGCCGGUCGGGCUGGACGUGGAUCUGAACCCAGCCUUCCCCUCCGCGCGGCACAAGUGUAACAUCUGUGACUCUGUGCAGCCGACGGCGCGCUCGCUGGCUGAACACAAACUGGUGCACUGUAAGGUGGUGCACAGUGAGGUGUGCGCGGUGUGCAAGGGCGCCGUCCGCUCGGCAGCCGGCUACCGGCAGCACAUGCAGCAGCACAGCGCGCCCAGCUUCCCGGUCUCGUGUGUCAUCUGCCAGCAGACGCUGGUAUCAGAUGUCGAGGUAGGAAUUCACGCCGAGUUUCACCUUCGCCGGGUCGCGGCGUCUCCGCCCACCCCGCAGCAGCAGCAGCAGCCGGCGGCGGCGCCCGCGGAGACGGCGGCCGCCAAACGGUGCUCCCAGUGCGCGGUCAAGUUCGAGACGGCCGCCGAGGCGGAGGGACACGUGUGUGCGGCUCGUGCGCCGGCGCGCCGCGAGCUCUACCAGUGUCUGAUGUGCCAGCAGACGUACUCGGACCAGGAGCAGAUCCGGGAGCACAUCGCCACCCACCUGCUGGAGAACGCCAGUCACGCCUGCAACCUGUGCCAGCUGACGUUCGACACGCCGCUGAAACUGCAGAUCCACCUGAUCGAGCACAACUUCGAGGGCUGCGGCAGCUACAGCUGCUACAUCUGCAGCGCCGUCUUCACGGCCGCCGCCGGACUCCAGAAGCACAUGGUCGAACACGGCAUCGAGGUGAAGCCGUUCGACUGCCAGCAGUGCCACCAGAGGUUCUUUUUCCGCACGGAGCUGGACAACCACGGCUUCCUGCACCGGAUCGAGGGCUCUGUGCGGCGCGUAGCGGCUGGAUCACCGGCGGCCGGCGCGGCGACCGCCGCGUCCUCUGCAGAGCCGGCGACAGCGUCAUCUAGGGAGUCCUCAAAGGCGGCAUCGAGAGACUCUAAAUCGUCCCCGGACGUGGCGCCCUCGCCGGCCGGUGAGGAGACGGCAGCGCCACCUGUGGACGCGGUAAAAACGGAAGACGAGUCGGUCAAGUCUGAGGAGCCGGCCUCCGGGUCCCCGCCGGGGCGGGAGGAGUGUGGGGAGGAGUCGGAGGACGGCGGGUCCCCGGAGGAGCGGACCGUGUCCCCGCGGGGGGACGGCUCCGGCUCCGGCUCCGGGGGCCGCUGUGCGGACCAGGAGCCGGCCGCCGGCCGGCCGGCCGUGAUCAGCGUUCACUCGGUGUAGCACAGCGAGUUAUAGCGGACACCGCACGGCGCCACGCGCCAGAGGACCCCACCGGGGGCAGCGGAGGUGUGUCCAGAGAGGGGGUGUAUUUAUUGAAACUGUCCGUGGCCACACCGGCCAGCGCCGGGGGCCGUUAGAGAGCUGCUAUGUCUCUAUCAGUUGUUAUACGCCGAUCCGCGCGGCUCAGCCGUGGUGACGUCACAGCGACCCGAGGCGGCGUAUCGAGUGUUUAUUUGCUAUCGAGAUAUAUUUUACGGGAGAAUUGGGUGCUGGGAGCACAGGUCAAGGCAACUGUACAAAAAUGCAUUUGUUUUGUGCAAGCCAUUGUUGAUUGAAAGCUUUGUGUACAAAUUUUUAAUAAAUGCACUAAAUGUUA